AUGGUGGUGUCCUGUUGUGCCUGCAAGAAAUUCCAGAAUUCACAGCAAAAGGAACCCAUGAUUCCAAGCGAAGUACCGCCAAGACCAUGGCAUACUGUGAGCGCAGACCUGUUUAAGGUAAAUAAUUUCUGGUACAUUGUUAUUGCUGACUAUUACUCGAAAUUUCCAUUUGUGAAGAAAUUAAAUAAUUUAACAGCAACCACUGUAGUUAAUGUGGUUAGAUCGAUAUUUUCUGAGCAAGGCAUACCAGAAACGCUCAUUUGUGAUAAUGGAUCUCAAUUCACUUCUGCCCAAUUUCAAGACCUAGCGAAGAGAUAUGGUUUUAAAGUAGUCACUUCGUCACCUCAUUACCCAAAGGGGCAUGGUUUCAUUGAGAGACAGGUCCAAACUGUGAAGAAGAUCCUGUUGAAAUGCAAGGAAUCAGGAGCUGAUCCUAGUCUUGCAUUACUGUCGUUGCGUUCUACCCCGUUAAGUACAACACUCAAAUCUCCAGCAGAGCUACUAAAUGGAAGAAUGUUCAAGUCAACAUUACCAGUAAAGAUUCAUCCACCAAGCGAUCGGUACGAAACCAGAGACUUGUUAUUAACACAACAAAAGAAACAAGUAAAUCUAUAUAACAGGGAUUCGAAGGAGAAGCCAAAUCUCUUUCAAAAUCAAGCGGUACAAGUUCAAGACCCUGUUAACAAAACGUGGAGUCCAGCGAGAGUAGUUGGUUUUGGACCAACUCCUCGUUCUUAUAUUACAGAGGAUGGAUCCGGAGUUCAGUUACGGAGGAAUAGACAGUUAAUCAAGCCUGAUAUACAGAAGACACCUGAACUGAUAAAUCGUGCAGCCUGUGGAGGCAACCAGGGUGAUGUGAGACAGGUCGCAUAG